CUCGAAAAUCAUUCCUUUGCGCUUUGUUCAUGGCCCUUGCAGCAGCAAAGGCUCAUGGUGAGGCCACCAGCAUCGCUCUCCUUGGAUUUCAAGGUACGUCACAAGGCUAUUCUCAGCCUGAGCUGCACAAACCACUGGGUCCGCUGCCUUCUUCCCUCUGGCCAGAAGCAUAUCGUCCUAUCAGGAGGAUUCGCUUUACAACAGUGGAAGAGGUGUUGGACGUCAUGAAGCCGCAAUCCGAAGUUGGGAUGCCCCUGAUCAUAGAGGGAUCUGAUCUUAUAGAGGUUGAAAAGUGGCAAUCCCUGUCUUAUGCCAGUAGCCUCUUUGAAGACAAAAAGGUGCUGGUAAAGAAGUCCUCGAAUUCGAAAUUCAGAUAUUUUGACAUCAAAAAGAACUCCGGAAACUUUGACUUUCAGAAACCUGUCGCGGAGGUGCAGGAGACCUUCAGUGAGUUCACCCGGCAAGCACAAGAGAUUGAUGCCAAAGGCUCAAGUGCUCGCAUGUACAUGCAAGAGACUCUAUCCGGCCAUAGCCAGAUGGCAGAGGAGUUUGCAUCUUGGAAAUGGGAAUUGCCCAUUCGCAUCAGUGCGGCCUGCGGGUGGGGCUUGCCAGACUCAAAUGAACUUUUUAUUGGCAUGAAAGGAGCGGAGACACCGCUUCACUUUGAUGAGAGGGAGAACCUUUUUUUUCAGGUCAGAGGGCUGAAGGAGAUUGUUGUCUAUCCCUUCGUGGACUAUGUGCGGCUUUACCCCUUUCCGACCACUCACCCGUGCGACCGCCAGUCUAUGGUGGGUAGCCCUGUGGAGGUUGACUUGACGGCCUUUCCCAAAUUCAAGGAUGCAGUUGGGCAUUAUGCCACAUUGAAGGCUGGUGACCUCCUCUACCUGCCCUACGGAUGGUGGCACUGGCUUCGUAACCUCGACAGCUUUGCAAUUUCCGUCUCAUUUUGGAGUACGACUCCCUCAACAGAUUUGUCCAGUGGUAUUCCGGAUCAGUUUACCGAUCACAUGCUGACAAGAGUCAGGCGAAACCUGGAGAGCCUCAUUGCGCAAAAGUUUGGACAAGAGAAGUUGAAUGAAACCAUGCUCAAGCUGAGGCAAGCUGUCAACAGUCAGGAUGAAACCAAUGACAUCCUGAGCUACGCCCGUGGACUUCUCGGGGCGGUCAAGGUGCCAAUGGAAAAACAGGAUGAAUUCCUUUUGGAAAUAGUCGACGGCAGAUUCGGCGUUGAUUGGAGCCGGCAUGUGUAGGCGGCCGCACGAAACUGCCACUCUUAGGAGAAUUAGCGCGCAUACAUUAUGUGCAGCUUGAGAAGAGGAUGUCUCAAAGACAUGCUUUGAUCUCCAGAAUUCUCUAGAAUUUUUUUCACGUAGGGUCGUCAAUUGGCUCUUGAGCUGAC